UAUACAAUAUAUAUAAGAACAUGAAGUCUGAAAAAAAAUGACAAAUCAUCUUGGCCAAGGAAUAUUAGUUACGUCCAUUUAUUUGUAAAUCUUUUUUAUAUUACAUUCUAUUAUGGAGGAAGCCUUCAAUAAACUCAAAAAUGAACGACGGAAUUCCGUUGACAAUCUUAUAAAAUGGAUGAAAGACUCAAAAAUCGUUGACGGCGUUAACGUAACCGAGGAGAAAGCUCGCAAGCUUUUCGAAAAUAUCGCCGAUUCAAAGAACGUCGAAAUUGAGAAAUUUAAAGAAGCAAUCACUAAAUUGGCCAGCGAACAGAAGAAGACCGUCGAAGAGUUCACGAAUACUCUAGCGACAGAAGGCCCCAAGUUCUUGAAUGCUGCGUUUGAAGCAGCGAGCGCGGCUGCUAGUACAUUAAAAGAAACUUUAAUGAAAAAAUAAUUCUUAAUUUUCUUACUUUCUUUCAAUUUUGUUACACAAAUUUGAUGUAACAUUGUUUAUCGUAAUAUAUUUUGAUAAUAAAUAAAUAUGUUAU